AUGUUUGGAUUAGGUGGUGGAUCAACUCCUCAAGUUUCUUCUCAACAAAAGCUUCAAGCUGCUGAAGCUGAAUUAGACAUGGUUACUGGAAUGUUCAAUCAAUUAGUUAAUCAAUGUCAUAGAAAAUGUAUUAAUAAAGCUUAUAAUGAAUCAGAUGUCACUAAACAAGAAGCUAUCUGUUUAGAUAGAUGUGUAUCUAAAUAUUUUGAAACUAAUCUUCAAGUUGGUGAAAAUAUGCAAAAAUUAGGUCAAUCUGGUGCUUUUAUGGGUAGACAAUAA